CUGUCCGUCAGAACCCAGUGACCCGGAUCAGUCAGGGUGACCCCACCGCUGGCUAGCGGACCCACUGCCAUGGGCAAGACCGGGACGAGCACGGUGGAGUCCCACUCCCCGACGGAGCUGAAGCAGGCCGUGCCCUUCGAGGAGCUGGAGCCCGCGGCGCCCCCUGCAGGCGGGGACGCCGAGAAGCAGGAGCCCCCCGACCGGGGCAGCUGGAAGGGGAAGUUUGACUUCCUGUUGUCGUGCGUGGGCUACGCCAUCGGCCUGGGGAACGUCUGGCGGUUCCCGUACCUGUGCGGGAAGAACGGUGGAGGGGCCUUCCUGAUCCCGUACUUCCUGACGCUGGUGUUUGCCGGGAUCCCGCUGUUCUUCCUGGAGACCGCCCUGGGCCAGUUCACCUCGGUGGGCGGUCUGGGGGUGUGGAGGCUGCUGCCGAUGAUGAAAGGCGUGGGUCUGGCGUCCGUGGUGCUGGCCUUCUGGCUCAACAUCUACUACAUCGUCAUCAUAGCCUGGGCCCUCUACUACCUGUUCAACUCCUUCAGAGCGGAACUUCCCUGGCAGAGCUGUGAUCAUCCUUGGAACACAGAGAAAUGUUUCUGCAACUACAGUCUGACAGACACCACCAACCUCACCAGCACAGUCACUGAGUUCUGGGAGAGGAACAUGCACCAGCUGAGCGGGGGGCUGGAGGAGCCGGGGGAGCUGCGCUGGCCCCUGGUCGGGACGCUGCUCCUGGCCUGGGUGCUCGUCUACUUCUCCAUCUGGAAGGGAGUGGAGUGGACGGGCAAGGUGGUGUACUUCUCGGCCACCUACCCCUACGUCAUGCUGGUCAUCUUGUUCUUCCGUGGCGUCACUCUGCCCGGCGCCAUCGACGGGAUCCGCUUCUACAUCACACCGGACUUCAGUAAGCUGGCCAAGUCUGAGGUGUGGCUGGAUGCUGCCACCCAGAUCUUCUUCUCGUACGGCCUGGGGCUGGGCUCGCUGAUCGCCCUGGGGAGCUACAACAAGUACCACAACGACGUGUACAAGGACUCCCUGAUCGUGUGCUGCAUCAACUCGUUCACCAGCAUGUUCGCAGGCCUGGUCAUCUUCUCCAUCGUGGGCUUCAUGUCCCACAUCACCAAGAAGCCCGUCCACGAGCUGGCAGCCUCAGGUCCCGGCCUGGCCUUCCUGGCGUACCCCCAGGCCGUCACCCAGCUGCCCAUGUCCUCCCUCUGGGCCAUCCUCUUCUUCUCCAUGCUGAUGAUGCUGGGCCUGGACAGCCAGUUCUGCACCGUGGAGGGCUUCAUCACAGCCCUCAUGGACGAGUACCCCAUGGUACUGAGGAAGAGGAAGAAGCUCUUCAUCCUCAUCGUCUGUUUCAUCUCCUUCCUCAUCGGCUUCUCCAACAUCACACAGGGCGGCCUGUAUGUGUUCAAGCUGUUCGACUACUACUCCGCCAGCGGCAUGUGUCUCCUGUACCUCGUGUUCUUCGAGACCAUCUCCAUCUCCUGGUUCUACGGGGCGGAACGGUUCUACAAGGACAUCGAGGACAUGAUUGGCUAUCGGCCGAAUGGCUGGUGGAAGCUCUGCUGGAAGUACUUCACCCCCAUGAUCUGCCUGGGCGUGUUCACCUUCAGUGCCAUAGAGAUGACCCCCCUGACGCUGGGGAAGUACGUGUACCCCAUGUGGGGUCAGGUGAUUGGCUGGUUCAUGGCCAUGUCCUCCAUGGUGCUGGUUCCGGGAUACUUCUUCUACAUGCUCCUCACCACCAAGGGAGGCCUGAAGCAGCGCUGGCAGAAGAUGACCACCGCCCGGAGGGCUGACACGCCGUCGGGGCAUGAAGACCUGACCCAUACGGGCGGGGGGGUGGGGGAAGCUCCUGUCUAG